UGGCGGAGCAAAAAAAAGAAGAAAAAAAAAAAGGAAAAGAGAGGAGAAAAAAAUAAAAAUUUUGCUGGCGCUUCGCGCUCGCAUUGUCUGUUAGGUGAUUUACAUAACUUGUUCAAUAUGGAGCUUAAAUAUCAAGUUUGGAAGUCAGUAUACAAAGCAUAUUUCACCUCGGAAAUCGAACUUUCAUUAUUUUGUGUGAUUUACAAAUUGAUUUUUAUAAAGUGCUCUGUAAAAAUGUCAGUUUUAUGGUCUGAAUAUUACCAUUUUCUGCUUGCGCUGCACGCUCGCAAAUUUUGAUUUAUCAGGUACUUAUUAUUUCCAUAAAGUUUUUAAAAUAUCCUUUUUCAGGCCUGAAUGUCAAACGUAUCAGCUAGCGCUGCACGCUCGUGUGUUGCUGUGUGUUGCUGCCCUCUACGUUCUUUGACCAAAAUGCUAAUUGAGCGCUAAUUGAGCUUUCAGAAUACCGCCCGGGACGCAGAAAGCUUUCAAGAACAUAGAAAAUGUAUUGAAAUGUAUGCCAAUUGACAAUGAACAGCUGGUAGGUCUUUUUCGAAAACUUGGUGAACCGGAACAGUUUAGGAGCUGAGGAAAUAUUGCAAGAAUGUCGUUUGUCCAGAGUCCAGAAAAAACCCUGCAGGUUUUGAUUCACCGAUUUUCGACAAAGACGUCUUGGUUGCUCUUUGUCAUGAAGUGCAUUAACAAUAGAAUUUAUAUGUUCUUGAAAGCGUUCUGUGUCCCGGUGCAAAAACCCCUUUCUGUCGGUGAAUUCAUUGUAUCGGACUCUUUUCUAUCUAAUAACUACCUACUUGCUUCCAUUAUCUUUCAGGGUUAAUUUGUCAUAAUAGACCCUCGGUAAAGAUAUAGUUUUCAUCCUUGGAAAUUCUGGAAACUAUCAUCGUAAGAAGAAAACGUCACCGGGAAUGAUGUGGGACGUUCAGAUCACUUCAUUAAAUAUCCACUUUAUAAAAAGCCUCACAAGAAUCAACAAAGAAACCCACAGACAAAAUAACAAAAGGUUUAUGUUUUGGAAAACUGCGUUGCUAAUUACAUGAAGCCUCGACGGCCAAUUUAUUUUAUCCCGACCUCCCCGACAAAGUGGAUUAACCAGGUUUCUGGAAAUUGGUGAUAUCCUUUUGGAGAAAAAAAAUGCCUUAAAUGUAUCUUUUCUAUCAUCCGUGGAACCAGUUUACCUUAUUAUGUAUAACCACUAAGAUAUCUUUGGUGAAAAGAAUAAUUAUAAAAACUGAAGAAAAAAGCCGAAUGCUUACGCCAUACUAUUUUUCUCACUUUAACAUAAAAAAUCAUUAAUUGUUUUAGUGUUCAGUCAGUGGCUUGAAUCGCUUUAAAAGAGUACGAAACUGAAUUUCAGCGGAGUCUGCAAGAAACUCAUUGUUCCGGUUCACCAAAUUUUCGAAAAAGACCUCCCAGCUGUUCAUUAUCAUUUGGCAGACAUUUCAAUACAUUUUCUAUGUUCUUGAAAGCUUUCUGCGUCCCGGUGGAUAAAAACUCACUACUAUAGGAAGAUACGGCAAAAGGAAAAAGCAGCGGGAUGUCUGGCUAAAAUCAUAAUGAGAAAUUUUAUCCCAUCGUGACGGAUAAUGUAGAAGUUAAUUUUUAGCAACAACACGGUGACCUUUUUAUCAACAACCUUCAUGAAAAUGUUUUUUUCCUGAUGAUAAAGUGUUUCACAUUGUUUCUCUUAAGAUCCAUCUGAUAUCCAUCAGGAAAAAAAUGCCUUAAAUUUCUCUUUUUUUUCUAUUAUCCGUGGAACCAGUUUACAUUAUUAUGUAUAACCACUAAGAUAUCUUUGGUGAAAAGAAUAAUUAUAAAAAUUGAAGAAAAAAAGCCGAAUGCUUACGCCAUACUAUUUUUCUCACUUUAACAUAAAAAAAUCAUUCAUUGUUUUAGUGUUCAGUAAGUGGCUUGAAUCGCUUUAAAAGAGUACGAAACUGAAUUCCAGCGGAGUCUGCAAGAAACUCAAAAAUAAAUUACAAUUUUGCUCUUUCGUCCUUUCGUAAAUCUUCAUUCUAAGCUUGAGCUGAUAACUUUUGUCACAGGAUUUAAUCAAAUUCUUCAGAGCUUUCGAUUUCCCCCGAAUUUUUGUCCUCUGGGAAACGUGGAAGUGUCAUCGCUUUCUUUAUUUGUUUUGCGACUUCAAGACAAAAGUCUUUGAACUGUUAAAUUACAACGGGCGUUUUUAGAACCUUUUCUUCAUUUACAAACUAUAGAGUGUGGUGUAAUGCCGAAAAUGAUUAUGUUUCCUACUUGCCCAAAUUUGAUUUCCAAAAUCAUUCCCAUUAUAAUCGCAAAUAGAUUAAUCCAAUACGAAUUAGAAACAGACUAUAUGUUGAUCUAGCUCUGAAUCUGGAAGCCUUCGAUGAUAUUCCUUUUACAGAUUAUUAACAGAUUUUAAAUCCCCUGAAAAUACCUCUCAUUGUAAAUCAGUUUGUUCCGCAAAGUUAUGUCCGAGUCGAAGAUGAGUUUUCAGAACAUAACAUUAUAUGAUGAUUUGCUAGGAUCUGAUGAGCCUGACCAACAAUCUCCAUUAAUUCCUGACAUACAGGAGCUAGUGGGCUUUGCAAAUGUUGGCAGGACCGUUUUGAGAAGUGUCUUUGCGGCUAUUAUCAUCGCAUCUAACAUGGUCAUGAUCGUAGCAUACGCCAUCGAGAAACGUCUCCGGACAUACAACAAUUCCUUCAUUCUCAAUCUCAUCAUCAGCGAUUUGAUGGUUGGAUUCUCUCUAAUCACCACUCUCGUGACAAAGUGUAGUAACGUCCAAGCACCAGUGUGUAGGAUCUUAUCGUGUAUCAGUAAGGGUGUCGUCGGCGUUUCUGUGAUCACCAUUGUCGUCAUCUGCAUUGAUCGGCAUCAAGCAACGUACCAUCCGAUCAAGCACUUCUUGGGCAGAAGCAAAACCAAGGCGUGUAUCCUCAAUGCGAUACCUUGGGUUGUCGCAUUCUCUUUCUGGCUCUUAGUUGCCCUCUUCGGGCCCCGUUUCGACGCACAAGCCCCGGUGAGGAUGGCCACGCAGCCGAUGUCAGUUCUUCUGAAUCUUCUACCACUGGUUGUCAUCGCUGUUCUUUACGCCAGAAUCCUGUACAAGAUAAAGAACUCACUUGGGGCACAACGUCUUAAUGAUAAAUUCGAUAUGAAGCCCAAGGAUUCAGGAUCAGGGAUUGAUCCUAAGACCGAGUCACCAGAAGGCACCAUUUCAGUUCCGCAACCCCAUGGUGAAUCAGAGAUGGCGAAGGAUGACCGCGAUAUUGACCGGCCAGAAAAGGAAGGAAAGGCAAUCCGGAAGACUAAAAAUCGUGAAUCUGAUGCUUCUGCUCGCAAAGCAACUCGCAACGUUUCCUUUAUCAUCAUUUCGCUUUCGAUCUCGUGGAUGUCCCACAUCGCCUUCUUCGUCUCCAGUGCAGUUGAUCCGACGAUCUUCUUUGGCGGGAGCGGGGGCGGGAGUAAGGUCCCGCUGGCCGUUGGUGCAUUUUUCGGGACGCUUUCCUACAUCAACAGUAUCCUGAACCCGAUAGGCUAUGCUGCCGCACAGCCGCUCUUUCGCCAAACCGUGGCGGGAAUGAUCUGCAAUCCAAAGCAUUAUUGUUGAUUUAACAUUCAACAGUAGUUGCGUAAUGAACCCCAAUUUAUGAUGGGGUCAGGCUUAGCUAAUGGGACAAAGUUUUGACCUUUUCAAUACAGUUUUGUUAAUUGUGAUAGAUGUUGAAGUAUUAAAUAUUCCGAAAAUAAUAUCACGUUUCACCCCUUUUAUUUUCUUUUUCUCUUUUUUCCGUGUUCGUGAAAAUGUUGGGGUUGUUCACGUCCCCAAGCCCUCCAUCUGUACGCCAGUGACAUCCAAUAUACCUUUCCUGAAGGUUUUAUAAUCAGCAUUGGCACAACGUCACCCUAUUCAAGUUUGGGGAUGACACAAUACAUGUACUGUAGUUCACCCUCAACAACAUGUUUGCUGCUUAAAUUUACGUCAUUGCCAGUCGGUGUCAUAAUUAAUUGAUUAGGCCAAUUGUAAUAAAGUUAUAAAACGGUUUUUCUGGGACGCCCUGUACAGAUUCAAAAUAUUGCCACAAAAUGAGAAUAUAUAAAUAUUUUAAGGUAUGGACUAUGGAGUAUAGAGAAAUUUCAGCGAUGCACACUGAAGCAUAUCAUUAUCAUCAGCGUCGCCACUGGCAAUAUUUCUAACACUAGCGUACACAUGGGGGGGGGGGAGCGGCCGGGGGGAUGUACUUGGUGCGACUCUGAAACCACAAAACAUCCACGACCAAGAUGAAUUGAGGACAUGAAGGAAAUGAAAAGGAAUGGAAUGUGAUAUCAUUCCUUGGAAUCUGUCAAAACUUGGCACCAAAUAAGACUUUCAUUUUGAAAACGGUCCAAAUAAGACUUUCAUUUUGAAAACGGUCGAAAGUUUCACUCGUUCUCAAUUUUUUUUUUCCCAAUACGUCAUGUUGCACCCCCUUCAAAUUGCUUUGCUAAUUUCGCCACUGACGUCUGAAAUUAUCCUCCCCUUCGUUAGAUAACUAAAUACUACUAAUAAUAUAAAUUUAUGCAGAGUUCUGAGAGUACAAAAUUGUGUCAUAUAGCGCUUUGCACGACGGACAAAGAUUAAGGGCAUAAGAAAAGCAAAUUAUAUAUAUCAACUAUUAUGAAGCUAUAUUUAUUUUGUAUAAUCAUGAUAAAUCAUAUUUUUCUUGCUUACUUAUGCGUGUGUCUAUAUAUAAUUCUUUAAUGUGUAUUUGGCUGAAUCAAAUUAAAACAAAUGCUUAUUUUUUUUGGACGCAAUAUUCUACCGUAAUGACGAAAUCACCAUUGUGUAAAUUGAACGAAGCGAUCUAAAAGCAGAACUUUCGAUUGUGUUCCACAAAAUUAAUCAAUCAAUCAGUCAAUCAAUCAAUCCAGCCAUCCAUUCGUCUGUCCAUUUUCUGUAUAUUCAUUUACCACCACCAUCUUAAAUGAUAACUAAAAAUGAGUAGCCGGAGGAAAAUAAAACGAAGAAGAAAAGAGAAGACUAAGCAGAAGAGGAGUAUGAAAAUUUUGAACUUGUAUUAUAAGAGGAAUAAUGAUGAUGACUAUAAUGAUGCUGACUAUGACGAUGACUAUAAUGGUGAUGACUAUAAUGAUGAUGAUGACUAAUUAUGAUGAUAACUA